AUGGAAGUCUUCAAAAUCGAAGAGCUUGAUAAUGGCGUGCGGGUCGCAAUGAAAGAUGGAUCUAUUGUCCGUGGAGAUAUCCUCAUUGGCGCGGAUGGGGUCCGCAGCCGCACAAGAACUGAGAUGUGGCGCCUUGCGGACAUUGAGAACCCCGAUUAUGGCGCAGCACGAAUGAGAAAGUGUAUUAUUGUCUCCUUAUGCUUGUUCGGCAUUGCGAAACGUCCAGAUGGGAUACCGGAUGCAACAGCAUACAAAUCCUUUUUCAAGGGUCGAUCUUAUCUUUGUCCAAUAGGGCCCGACAACAAAUUAUACUUCUUUGCAUUCUUCAAGAAUGCCGAGAUGAAGACUCACCUGGACAUCCCACGCUAUACUGAGAACGAGGCAAAUAAAGUAGCUGCUGCCUAUGCCAAUGACCCCCUAUUCAAUGGUCAUACAUUUGGCGACAUCUAUGAACGUCGCAUGGCUAGCGUGCUCGUGCCAAUUGAAGAAUUCGUGCUCGAGAAAUGUUCCUACAAGAGAGCUGUACUGAUCGGGGAUUCUUUCCACAAGGUGAAUCCAUUAACCGGACAAGGCGGAAACGCUGCAAUCGAGUCCGCAGGAUUCUUCUGCGAUCUUCUGAAAGAAGCUCUCGAUGAGAGUCCACAUCCGGAUCAUGAUAGAAUCCAACGCAUCUUCCACGAGUAUCAGAAGGAGCGCGGCCCAAGAACAAAAAAAACCAUGGAACAUGUCAAGAGUGUCCAACGUAUGGAAGUUCUUGACAAUCGCUUCCUGAGAUUUCUUCAGCUCAAUGUCGUUUCUAAGCUGGGUGACUUGCACAUUGCUCCGCUGUUCGCAAUAGGUUCUACCCCGGGCCGUACUCUGAGAUAUCUACCAAAGAGCUCUCGGUCGUCCGGGUUGGUCGCGUUAAAUGAGCAAGUCCAGAUAAAUGCGCAAGACCGGUCGACUUUGGCAACCGUGUUCUGGAUGGGAUUGAUGCUUUUUAUUGCAUUGCUGAGCUCGCUUCUGUCUCGAAGUCUUGACAUUGGUCGGGGCCUUGACAGCGAGUCUGAGCCACUACAGCUCUACAUGUCUUUCGUCACGAUCGCCAUCAGUGGAUUCUGGGCGGUUGAAUCUUUUCGACCAGGUCUCCUCAUCUCACCUUUAUUCAGCUCAAUCCCGCAUUUGAUUGCCUCGUUUUCAUUUGGUUGGGAGAUUGUCCUGCCCGUCUAUUUCGCGAUACACAUCUACAUGAGCGGACAACAAUCAUUCUAUUAUCCUUCUCCCAGAGCAAUCGACCCCUGGGCCGCGAAAGCGCUGCCACUUGGGAUAUUAGCCAUGUAUAUCCCAAUUAUGGCUUGUGGUGCGACCAUCUUAGGACAAAACCCAGGGGAAACAGGACCCAUGUGUGUUGAGCGGGUGAUACCGGUGGUCCAUGCUAGUCUUCCUCUUCUUCUUCGCCUUGGCAAGCACUUCUUCCAAACUGACACCGAGGAACUCUCAGUUGGUCAACUGCUGUUUGGAGCCCGAGAUCUAAAAUACAUCUCACGCUUCUUUAAUAUCAUAAUCGUUGUUUCCAGCACGUCGCAUGUGGUUCUUGUGAGCAGAUUGUUCCCCGAGGCUGUUUCCGAUAUCCGCAGCUUGACUAUAACACCCUCUGUGCAGCUUUUGCAGGUCGGAUGCUUGGCUCUUGUUGUUGUGGUAUGGUGUACUUUUACAAUUUGGGAUAUGCGCCGUGUGAACCUGACCAAGAUCUCACCUCUGGUAACGUUCUUUUGUGCUUUACUCGGUACUUUCAUUUUUGGCCCCGCUGCAGUGUUAUCUGGGCUUUGGAAGUGGCGUGAGGGUGUGUUGGAGAUGGGUAGGCAAAGAAAGUGA